AUGAAGAUCGCCUCCUUCCUUACCGCACUGGUCGGAGUCCAGCCAGUCGCCGCUUGGGAAUAUGUCUAUCUGGUCAACUCCAGGAAGGGCAAUGAGAUCUCCAGUGGGAUGGCUUAUUACGGCGAGGGCCACUCUGCCGCUAAUAUGGCCCGCCCUGACGACUAUGUCGACAUCAGACACGGAAGUAACAUUCAGUGGGAAGGAUUGUCUCUGAAAGGCACUUUUGGAAGCGGUGUGAGCUUUACCUCUAACAUCUUUGCCGACGCUGGUAGUAAGGAGAUCAACAGUUGGGUUGGGACGGGAACAAACGGAUAUCAGAAGUUCAACUGCUACAAGGGCUUCAGUCCCAGAGGUUCCCCUUUUAUCCUGUACAAGGUUGAUGGUUGGGAUGUUUACAGCAUCUACUUCUGCAUGAACAACGGCUAG